GCGGCGGCGGCGACGUCGGGCCCUCCUCCUUCUUCAUCCUCUUCCUCCCCCUCUCCUUCCUCCUCUUUUUCUUUCCGGUCGGGUCUCGUCCACUUCCCCUCCCAGGGGCCACAGCUUUACGCGGAGGCAUGGUUUCCCGUUACCGCCGGGAAGACGGGGUGCGAGCCCGGAAGCUCUUUCCCCACCACCACUUGUUGAAAGUCUGAUUUGAAAGCGGUCCGGGUUUGAACGACGGAAAGUGCGGAGAUUUUAGGCGCCCCCAAUUUUGCGCUGGAGACCCUUCACUACUAAUUAUCAAGAAAAAACUGGAAACUAAUCCGAACCUUACUCAAAGUCAGAAUGGAACGAUUUGUAGUAACAGCACCACCUGCUCGAAACCGUUCUAAGACUGCUUUGUAUGUGACUCCCCUGGAUCGAGUCACUGAGUUUGGAGGUGAGCUUCAUGAAGAUGGAGGAAAACUCUUCUGCACUUCUUGCAAUGUGGUUCUGAAUCACGUUCGCAAGUCUGCUAUUAGUGACCAUCUCAAGUCAAAGACUCAUACCAAGAGGAAGGCAGAAUUUGAAGAGCAGAAUGUGAGAAAGAAGCAGAGGCCCUUAACUGCAUCUCUUCAGUGCAACAGUACUGCGCAAACAGAGAAGGUCAGUGUUAUCCAGGACUUUGUGAAAAUGUGCCUGGAAGCCAACAUCCCCCUUGAGAAGGCUGAUCACCCAGCAGUCCGCGCUUUCCUGACUCGCCAUGUGAAGAAUGGAGGCGCCAUACCUAAGUCAGACCAACUGAGGAGAGCUUAUCUGCCCGACGGAUAUGAGAAUGAGAAUCAGCUCCUCAACUCACAGGAUUGUUGACAAGGAGGUUACCAUCGUUGUGAUCAAGAUAAAUAAUGUGGAGUAUUAAAGUUAUGUGUUGAUUGUGUGGUUCAUUUUUAUAUUUAUUUUGUUUAAAAUCAUGUGAUGCAGAGUAGUUUUGCAUUGUGUAUAUAGUUGCAGGCAAAAAAACAAAAAAUCCUCACUGCAGAACUUGUUAAUUUUAGUCACCAGUGGUUUAAGUAAAACUUAGGUAUAGAGUAUGCUAGGAUACCUAAAACCUGAUGGUUAUCUUUAAAAUUGGUGGCUUUUCUCCUGGGAUGUUUGUGCAUGGAAAAAAUUCCAUGCCUUUUUUAACCCUGUUGCCAUGUAUGAUUAUUCCUUGUGAGCUACUUAAUUACCUGGAUUGAAGACCAGUCUAGAAAAUUGAAGCUGCUGCCAGGCAACACCACUCAGAAUAACUUAAAGGAAUUCUUCUGAUUAGAGGAUCCUCUUCAAAAUGGAAGAGGUAGUGACAAACUGUUAUUAUAUCUUGAGAUCCCUAGCAGAAAUGACUGUUUUUUUUCAAAGUAUGUUUUGUUUGUAUUUGAAAUAGUUGCCUAACUUAUUCUUCAGUUCCUAUCUUUUCUUUUUUAAAGUCUUUCCUGUUUUAUUUAGUAGCAGCUUUAAGUGACCAAAAGACUAAAAUCUUUCUUUUAAUGUUAGUGCCAAAAGCCACAGGGAAUUUUGUGAUGACAAAAUUUGAGUUUCUUACUAUGUAUACAGAGUUUUGAAACAUUGCUUUCAUUUUAAGCAUUUUCUUGAAUAUGCAAUUUUUUAAAUGUCUGUGUCGCUUCCAGACUGACAAGUUAAACAGACAUUUUAUGGUUGAGUUUCCUCUUUUUAUAGAGAAUUAGUUACUUUUUGGCUGACAGAUCAAAUAAGGAAAGGUAUUUCUAUACAUUAAUUUUUCCGUAAGAUGUUAUAAGAGUUUAGAUAAAUAGAAACUGCUUUCCUUUUACUUUUACCUGCUUUGUUUCUGGCAAGACUUACAAUGGAGAUCCAGCAGUACUCUGUAUAUUGUUUGGCUGAGAAAAUAAUCAGUUCUGUUAAAGCUCAGCCAUGUUCAGAAAAUUAUCUCUAUCUGAACCUCAGUGUCGUGUAAGUUAUCAAAGUAGUUUAGCCCAGGUAGGUGCUCUCCACAAGAAACCUAGGAUAUAUUUAAGAAAUUUAACAGCUAAAAACUUGGCUAAGAUCUUUUAAUAAGAAAAUUAAAUUAUUUGAAAACAUUCAAGUAAAAAAUAGUUAUAUUUCUGUUACAGAGAGUGCUAAGUGAUACCCUGUGUGACUUAGAGUUAUCUUUAAGGUCUUUUUAACACAAAUCUUUAUUUAAAAACCAAAGUAAAUAAAAAUAAUGCAAUUCAUACAACUUUCCUCAAGUGUCUUACAGACUUAAGUUCCUAAUUCAAGUCAGAAUGACCACCUGAUUUUAGAUUUUCUUACCAUUUAAAAGCCUGCUACCAAAAAAAAGUCAGUUGUCAAAAUUUAAACUUCCAAUUUUUUUCAUGUGUGGUUGUGUUAUAGUAGCACAGUAAGUGCCCAGAGUGGCACUGUCAUUAGUAAGCACAUACAUGAGGAGACCAGGAAAACAACCAAAGUGUGUUUUGCUUUUCCCUAGGAAAGAAUUUGCAGGCAACCAUGUUUAAAUUUAAUUACCUAAGAUGUUAGAAGAUCCAAGAAGCUAGGAAAAUAAUUGGGUUUUAUAGGUCUAUUUUCAGAAUACAAAAAUAAGGUUAGAUACAUAAUCUAGUUUUUUUCAAAUUCAUGAUUCAGACUGUUCCCUAUUUGGGUAGUAAUGUGCACUACCAGUAAACAUGUUAUGAUAACAGCUUUUUAGUAGACCAGUAAAGAAAAACAAAAAUUCACAUAUGUGUUUCUGGUAGUUACUAAUGAUUUGAUGAUUUUUUAGGUCGUAUAUAUAUUAAAUGUGUUUUUCCAGGCUCCUGUUUAUUUCCACAUUUACUUUAUCUGGGGUUAUAGUCCAUUUUGUUAGGAUUCUAUCAUGUCCUAAGGAGAGUUUUCCAUCCUGUUGGGUUAAUACUAUUUCUGUACUGAUUAUGAAAUGUUGCUUUCCUGAAACUGAUUCAUUUUGUCUCAUAAAUAAGACAGUGAUUCUUUUAGCCUGUGCAAACUAGUAUAAAUCCCUGAAACCAUGAUUGGCGUAUGUUAGAUAACAAAUGGGAAUAUCUAAGAGGCAUAUACUGCUUUGGAGGUAGAGUGGACAGGUGUAUAGAAGCUUUCAGUCUUAAUAGUGUUAGUGUGAUGCUAUAUUAUUGGAAAAAUAGCUUUUUUUUCUAUUUCAUAAGUUGUAUGAAUAAACAAAGAGUUGUAAUGUUUCGUUUAUAAACUUCUUUCAACACAUGCUUAUCUAUUAGUAGUGUUUCUCAAAGUAUGGUAGUAUGUCUUCCAGAAUUUCACUAUAUGCUUACAGUUAAUAGUUCUAGCUUGUUGAAAUGUUGAAUUUCCUGUUGGUUUCUUUUUGAUUAUAUGGAUGCAUAUAGCAAGCCUGAAGGAUGUAAUCAUUUUUUUAAAGGGUGAAAUUUUAGAUUUUGUAUGAGAACCUACACAAGUUUUUUUGUCCAUUAUCAGGUUACGAUUUUUGUUCUUGUUUUUUAACAAAUACUACUUCCAGUUAAUGUAUUUGGCCUUACCAAAUUUUCAGGGACCAGAAAACUUUAAAAUUCUGCAUUUUACUAUUGUAGCCAAUUAAGUAUUAGUUGUAAUUGUUCUGAAAUAUUAAUUCCUUAAACACUGCUCUAAGUAUAGUUGGCAAUAUCUCCAAGCUGAAAGCUCCAUGUCGCCUAAAAGAAUUUGUUAUGUGAAUGUUAAUAGAAACAUAUAAACAAAUUAAAUUUAAGGUGGCCCAAAACAAAAGUUGCAGUUUCUCAUUUGAUGCUUAGUCUUUGUAAGAGUUCUUCAUGUUUGACUUAUCCCAACUGACAUUAAAUGCUGACAUCACAUUUUUCAUUUAUUUACCUGGAAGAUUAGUUCUAUAAUUUUACUGAAAAUCUUUGCCUAAAAUAAUUGCUUUAGCUUCUGGUCAGCACUGAUUAAAAUGUGAAUAGUGAAGUGUCUAUCAUAAAUCUUGGUUUAUCUCACCCACACUAUCAUAGAUUUCUGAGGUAAAUACAGUUGUUACCUAGUUGUGUUCUACUUGUAUCCAGAAUACUGUAUUAAUUAAAAAUUUACUAUGUUCAUUUUUGUAUUCCUGUGUUUAUUUUUUUGCUCAUACAUGUAACAGUAUAAAUAUGUUACUUUUAAAGUUUUUAUCUCUGACUCAGAAAUAAAUUUCAAAAAUUUGUUUCAGAAGUUUUUAAAAGCACAUUUUCUUUCCUAAUAACAAAUAUAUUUAAUAAUUGCAAAAAAUCAGAAGAAUUUUACUGACUUUUCUACCAGUUACAGCUCCCUUUUGUAGUACACCCUUCUGCCCAAAGUAAAAGCAUAUAUUCUGUCAAACCACAUUUACGUCGUAGCUACAGAUGUCACUGUUCCCAAAAUAAUAUAGGUAAUAUUAAGCUUAAUCUGUGCUUUUAGUUGGGGACAUUUUAUUUCUCUUUCUAGAAAAAAAGGGCUUCAUUUGUAUUUCAAGUUUUACUUGGUUUUUGAAAAAUCUGUAUUCUCACUUGCUAUUUGGAACCAAAAAUGCAUAGAAAUAAAUUGCUCUUUAAUUAUGUACUUAAUUUGGGCAAAUACCUUGUCAGUACUUCUAUUUGGUAAAAAAGUAAUGUUGUCUUUCCUGAAAUCAGAAAAGUGGAAAAGACUUUAAAUCAGUCAGUACUACUGCUACCAGUUUAAUACUACCAAACAUGAGAGAUUUGUCUUUUCCUAAAUAUCACAAUCCUUAAUAAAUGUAAAUCAAUGGACUGUAUGGGUCUCUUAAAAAUAAAAGUGUUUAUUUUCCUA